AAUGUGUGUAUGAAUGGACAUAACUGAUGAGUUGUGCAUUGUUAUCAUAAAAUGUUGUUCCACUUCCUAAGUUAAUGUAGUCUGUAUUAGGAUUGAGUAAUGGAGAAAAAACAGUGUUUCACUUUAUACUACAUGCAAUGGGUCAAAGAGAUGAGAAGCUCCGACCAUAACCAUAGUUGGUCUAAAGGAAUUUCUAAUUCAAAGGAAAAGGAAUGAAAAAGAAGGAUCCACCACAAAUGCGGAUAAGGAACCUGGAGUGGAGGCUACGCAAUUAGAAUUGAAGACAAGGCAUAAAAGAAAAAGGGGAGGUGAUUGAUGCAAAAGAGAAAUCUGUUGAGUUGAUUGAUCUUAAAAAUAGCGAAGAUGUGAACAUUGAUAAAGUGAGGGCUUCUCAUGAGGUACAGAAAAGGCUAUAUGACUAUGCUAAGGGUGAGGACCUAAUGUCACUCCGUUUAUGACGCUGGCUGAUCAAUUUGGCCAAUUUUCUGCUGAUGUGAAAUUAAUCAAUGAAGUUGGAGCCUCUGGUGUUUGUGGCUAUGUACAGAUUAUGGGUGCUCGUCUUGUGUCAAUAGGUCGGACACAAGAGCUUGCUUUGGAAAACAAAAAUAAGAUUGCUAUUUCUGUAGAGGAGCUUGUUAUGGCUUUGAAGGAAAAAGAGAAGGAAGUUAGCGAGUUAACUUCUUCUUUGAAGACUAAGGGUCAGCAACAUGACUUGGAAGAUAAUGUUAGGGAUUUGAGAUCAAAGAAGGAGAAGUUUGAAGCUCAGAUUAAGGAGCUGGAGACCAAGGUGUAUGACACAUUUGCUCAAGGGUUUGAUCGAGCUGUUGAUCAGGUCAACACAUGUUUCCAGGGACAGAUGUUGAGAAGCUAGAUGUGACUAAGAUUAUUCUAAAUGGAAGACUUGUGGAUGACGAUGUUAUGGGCAAGGAUGAGGGUGAAAGCUCUGGUGGAGGCCACAAGAAGAAUUAAUGCUAUGUUUAUAGUAUGUUUGAAUUUUGGAAUUUUGAACCUUUAUAUUGUAGUCGGCUUUGUUUAUUAGUUUGUUUUGUUAUAUGAACUGAGUUCGAGUAUGAAGCUUGGCUAGUAUGCUAGGUUGUUAUAACAGUUUGACGUAUUUAGUUUGAUAAUUUGUCCCAACUUUGCUUUGACAUUGGUUUGUAGUAGUAUAU